AUGACAUACUUACGAUUGUUUAUUGAACCUGUCGCUAUCAUUGACGUUAAAGAUGAAGACGCGGUUGAAGACACAGUUGACGUCGUUGAAGAGCUACUUGACGUAGUUGAAGAGGCAGUUGAUGUCGGUGAUAACGCAGUUAAUGACAUACUUGAUGGAAAGGUUGACACACUUAAUGGUGUAGUUGAUGAUACGACUCCAACCGUUUGUGUCUGUGAUGGGACAAUCAUUGCCGAUGCGCCUAAGGAACCUGUCGAUAUCGUAGGGACUGCAGACGAAACCCCGGUUAAAGACACAUCUGCGGUCGUUGUAGGUAUAGCUGACGAAGUUAAAGAGGCAGUUGCUGUUGUUGAUAAUGCAGUAUACGUCGACGACAACGGAGUUUUAGUCACACUGGAAGAAGAGGUUGACACACUUGAUGGAGUAGUUGAUGAUAAGACUUCGACUGUGUGUGGUUGUGAUGAGGAAAUAAUUGACGAAACGUCUGUGGAACCUAUCGAUGUCGCAGAGGUUAAAGAUGAAGACACGGUUGACACACUUAAUGGUGUAGUUGAUGAUACGACUCCAACCGUUUGUGUCUGUGAUGGGGCAAUCAUUGCCGACGCGCCUAAGGAACCUGUCGAUAUCGUAGGGAUUGCAGACGAAACCCCGGUUAAAGACACAUCUGCGGUCGUUGUAGGUAUAGCUGACGAAGUUAAAGAGGCAGUUGCUGUUGUUGAUAAUGCAGUAUACGUCGACGACAACGGAGUUUUAGUCACACUGGAAGAAGAGGUUGACACACUUGAUGGAGUAGUUGAUGAUAAGACUUCGACUGUGUGUGGUUGUGAUGAGGAAAUAAUUGACGAAACGUCUGUGGAACCUAUCGAUGUAGCAGAGGUUAAAGAUGAAGACACGGAUGAAAAGGAUGACACACUUAAUGGUGUAGUUGACGAUACGACUCUAACCGUUUGUGUCUGUGAUGGCGAACUGCUUGACGAGACGUCUGUGAAACCUGUCGAUAUCGUAGACGUUAUAGAUGAAGAAGUGGCUGCAUACAUAGUUGACGCCGUUGAGGAAGCAGUUGACGUAGCUGAAGAGUCAUUUAGCGACCUUUUCAGGCGAAAUGCGUCAACCCCUCCCAUCAAACCUGAAAAUAAUACGAUCAUGAAGUAUUGA